UACACUAUCAUCCUCCGUUCGGCCCCUCGGACUUCUUAUCCUCUUCUUUCUCCCUAAAUUCACCCCCAUCCUUUUCUCAGUCAUUCUCUCUCUCUCUCCCUCCCUUUCUCUUUUUCUCUGUUUCUUUCUUUCUAUUUCUCUUUUAUUUUGUCUUACGGUGAUGCCGUACAGACAACUUGCUUCUCAUUCAUCUCGAAUCGUUCCGCAUCUUCCCAUCUUUAAUUAUUUUUCUUUUUUCAGCAUGUUUCGAUCGUAUUUCACAAUGGACCCAACUAUCGUCAUCGUCAUCGUCAUCGUCAUCAUCUCGCUCUCUAUAUUUCCCUCUUUCUACUUAUCUCUUCCGCCUAUCAUCUCUCUCCCACCCUAUGAACGCUACUCUCCCUCUCUCCAGCCCUCUCUCUCUCUCUUUCUCUCUCUGUCUGUAUGUCUCUCUCUCUCUUACUCUCUUUACCGAUCGUUCCUUCCCUUUCUACCAUCAUCUCUCCGUUCUGCUACCCCUUGGCGAGGUGGCGGUCCAGAGCGCAGAGCGCGUCAGCCGUGCGGGAUGCUGAAUCCGAAGGAGAUUCAGUUGUACGCCUGGCUGCUCUGCCACUGUGCACUCUGUGCGCGUUUCAUACCGUUCUUCUUUCUCUAAGUUGAAAACUGUCAAACCUUAGACGACAUAUUUUUUUUCCUUUUCUUUAUCAUCUCUCUCUCUCUCUCUCUCUCUUUUUCUUUCUCUCUCUCUCUCUCUCUCCCUCUCUCUCUCUCUCUCUCCCUCUCUCUCCUUCUCUCCCUCUCUCUAUCCAUCUAUCGUUUCAUUUCCCCAUCUUUUAUUUUCUUUUUUCCUUCUUUCGUUCUUUUCCUUUCUCUUUUUCUCACCCUCAUUCCCAAUUUCCUUUUGCUACGAUUCCCGUUUUCUCAUCUCGUUGCAUCGCGUUCUCUUCCGGGGUUCAUCUCGCCGACGGAUCGAACAAGUAAUGGACUUUUUCUGAAAGAAAGGCGUGUACCGAACAUCCACGGCUACCGUCACGUUGGGGGGGGAGGGUGUGGAGAGAACAGGACACGAGGAUGGGUGUCUAUGUGAUUGGGAUAGUCGGCGUUAUCGUGUUUUACGUGGCUGUACUCGGCGUUGGUAUUUGGGCUGCGUUUGUAAAGAGAAAGAAAAGUCAACAGCAGCAUGGCCAAAACGACAUGAUAUUGGCGAAUCGUCGAUUAGGACCAUUGCUUGGUGUCUUCACGCUCGUAGCCACGUGGGUAGGUGGUGCAUACGUGAACGGAACUGCUGAAGUCAUGUACACGAAGGGUUUACUUUGGUGUCAGCCACCGAUUGGUUACAGUCUGAGUCUUCUCUUUGGCGCUAUACUAUUUGUGAGACCAAUGAGGAAAGCCGAGUACGUGACGAUGUUGGAUCCUUUUCAAGAACGAUAUGGUGCUGGAGUUGGUGGACUACUCUUCAUUCCGGCACUAUUUGGUGAUUUGUUCUGGUGCGGAACGGUAUUGAAAGCUUUAGGAAGUUCGUUGGUCGUCAUUGCUGACGUUGAUCCACACUUGAGCAUUUGUGCAUCGGCAUUGUUAGCAGCCAUAUACACCGUUUUCGGCGGACUCUAUUCCGUAGCAUGUACAGACGCUCUCCAAUUGGUCUGCAUAGUUCUAGGACUGGCUAUCACAGCACCGUUUUCCAUAUUCCAUCCAGCUACAUCGUUUGAAAAGAAUUUAUCGUCCAGGGAGUGGCUCGGCGAAAUUAAAAACGAGGAUCUAGCGACGUGGAUCGAUGGCAUGCUUUUACUCGUAUUCGGUGGAAUACCGUGGCAGGGAUACUUUCAACGAAUAUUGAGCUUUCGAAGCACGACCGUUGCAACAACACUAUCGGUAGCCUCAAUGUUCUUCUGUAUAAUGCUCGCUGUACCUUGCGCUUUGAUCGGUGUUGUGGCACGAGCAACGGACUGGACGAUGAUCGAGGGUCCGAACAAGACUCUGUCUUUCGAUGCUAAUGCUGCAUUACCUCUUGUGUUGAGGUACUUGACUCCACCAUGGGUUUCUUUCAUAGGUCUUGGAGCGAUCUCGGCCGCAAUAAUGUCUUCGGCAGACUCCAGCAUACUCGCUAGCAGUACUAUGUUUUCAAGGAAUAUUUAUAGACUCACACUUAGGCCAAAGGCAUCCGAAAGAGAAUUAAAUUGGAUAUUACGCAUUUCGGUGUUAAUGGUCUCCGUUCUCUCGACUAUUUUCGCCCUGAAAGUGGACAGCAUUUAUUAUCUUUCGUAUCUCUCAUCCGAUCUUGUGUACGUCGUACUCUUCCCUCAGUUAUUGGCGAUCAUCUAUUGGCCUUCGUUGGUCGAUACUUAUGGAUGCCUCGCGGGAUACUUUGUUGCUGUGGUACUACGUGUCGGUGGAGGAGAAGAGGGUUUGGGUAUACCGGCACUGAUCGAGUACCCAUUUUACGACAAAGUGACCAGAACCCAGAGAUUUCCCUUCCGGACAGCCGCGAUGUUGUCGGCUCUCUUCGUGCAGAUCAUCGCUAGCUUCUUCACGCGAAAUCUUCUUGGAAAGGGAUAUUUCCCUCGUUGUUGCGACGUCCUUAGCGUUUACUCGCCUGGAAAGACGAAAGACCAAUCAGGGGUGAUACAGAGUAACUCGGGCGCAGCUCUAAUGGAUUCCUCUUCAGUAAACAAAUCUUUGUCGGGUAUAGAUGCAUGCGAUGGUGUCAGUGGUUGCAAUUAUGAACCCGACAGGUCUGGAGCUCUCAGUUUAAACGAGGAUCCACGUUCUGAGCAACGUUGUUCCGAAAAUAAUAUUGCUGUCAGCGAUUUUACAAACAAUGAAACGAUAAGGGGAAACACCGUUGCAUCUGUCAUACAAAGAACCAAUCAGACUAGUCAAAGUUUUCACGGCAUUCCAAGAAAUUCAACCCAACCAAUCUCAUUGACUGGUAGGCACGUACAAACGGCAACUAAUCAAUAUGUCCCAAUACCGAUCAACGAGGCCAGUGCAACUUGUAGAGGUCAGAUUCUUGGAGUGCGCAAUCUUCGAGAUUCAUUAGGUCAAGUGCUUUUACCAGUCGACAACAAUAUUUCUUCGUCUGGUGGUAAUGACGUUGGAAAUAUCAAUGCGAUUCCUUCGAAUACGACAAUACCAGCAUCCAUGUCAAUUAUCUCACCUUAUAACAAAAUCUGCAAUGAGAGCACAACGACGAACGAUAAAUUAUCGCGAGAUUGUGAGAGAACUAUCGAUAGAAAUCCGGUGGAAUUUAAUUUAAAUGUUCAGGACAGCAUGCUUACAAAUGUUUGUGGUAAGAAAAACGUUAAGGGUGUCAAGUUGGUCGGUAUGGAUGGUGGAACUUUGAGAAGACCGUCGUUACAAGGUACAUUUUCUCCAACACCAUCCGUGGAACUAGUCCACAUUCUGGAUAGACGACAAAGUAGUGGAUCUUAUGGUCCAGGGUCUUUAUCCCCAGUUCCAAUGGGCAUAGAAGCUUGUAAGACUCACGGUACUGCACCCGAAGGACACAGCGGGAACGAACAUUGCAGAAUAAAAAGAGGCAUCGUCAGGCAUCACAGCUUUAACGACACCGGAGACCGAGCUCUUACAACAUUGGCCAGACAACCGACUUAUCCUUCGAUGCCAUUACGACCGGAGGACUGUCGUAUGACUUUAGUGAAGAAGGACAAAAGAACGGGUACGAUUGCUCGUCAUUCCUCCGUGACGAAUGAAAAGGAACUCAGUGGAUGUACGACCACCGGUGUCGUCAUCUGCAGCCCAAGUUACAGUAUGUACGGUUCAGCCGUUAAGAACUCCAAUUACUUUGUGACCGACGACGAAGCGGUCAGCAGAUUUUAGAAGAUAGGACGUCGAAGAGGGAAACUGAAGAGACUAAGAAUCGAUGACAAUCGUAGCUAUCUUCUCAUAGAUGAUAGGUCAGCUCCUUCGUAGCUCUAUAUGUCAGUCCCAAUUUUUCAUUAUUGAUUUGUUCAGAAAAUUUCUAUGAAAAUGUCAUAUCUGUCCUUCUUUUUUUAUAUACAUAGGUACACCCUAUACACACACUUUUUGUUCCAUUGUUCAUUAGGUCUACGUAGGUUAUAGAUGGAACAGAUAGCUCAGCGUUUAUAAUACGGAUGACGAAGCUGACGACGAACAUUUUUUUCUAAACGACAUCAAGCGCACACGCAAAGGCAGGGUGGCUUGCGCCAGAUAGCAGAGAACACGUGACAUAAGCAUUUCUAUCUGACAAAUACGUAUAUGUAACGAGUAGUCCUAGGAUAUAGAUGCGUUCAUCCUUGUGUUUCAUCAUCGACGUAUAAAAACUAACAAAGACAAUCUAACAAUUAGAAAGAUACUUAUUAUUCUAGAUAUUCAUACAAGGAAAUGCUUGUGUUCGUACAACUUGCUAGCGUGCAAUAAUUGUUACACAUUUGUACAUAACAAUUUAAUAUUUAUAAUAAUCACGAAAAUGUCUACUUUCGCGUGCUCGAUCUUAAAGCCCAUAUUCGUCCAAUUUAUAAUUAUGCAAUGUUAUUUCGAAGAUGAAAACACGUGCUUGCGAAAGGAGAGAUGAUCGUAAGAGAUUGAUUAAAAACUUUCUUAUAUAACUUAUAUACAUUUCAAACGUUUAGAGUAUCACUUGAGUCGAGUAGUUCAAAUCGAAACUAGUCAGACCCUGUCCAUUAAUCACCACUAUAUACCUCUUAACUUAUAUAUAUAUUACCUUUAAGAUAUUAAUAGGACUGGAGUUUCGAUGUCCUUUAGUUCUCGAUAUCCAUCCUAUGACAUUCAGACUGAAACAAAUGAAUUUUAUACAAAAAGAAAAAAGGAAAAGAAGAGAGAAUUAAAUGAGGAGGAAAAGCGAAUAUGGGCGUAACUUCUCUUUAGCAAAAAGUCCUUUUAGAUACAUACAUAAAAUACUUCAUUUGUAGGGAAUAGAGAGACUAUUUCUUCUCUCUCUCUCUCUCUCUCUCUUUUUUGUGUCCAAUCUCAUCUGUAUAUAAUAUUAUAUUUAAUUAGUAUUUCAUAAUUCACACCUACCACAUAUAUACAUAACACGAUCUUCACAUACGUUUUUGCGGAAAUUAGAUAUAACCUAAGCAAUAGAUUAUUAAUCAAUAAGAGUAGGCUAUCGAGUAAUUACAUACAUAUAUAUUAUAGGAAUGGCGUACUUACGCAAUCUUAAAGUUUUCACAAUCGAAUGAAAGAUAUGAGAGUUGAUAAGCAUAGUCAUGAAGAUGGGUAGCGUAAGCUUCGUUUUUUGAAAGAUUAUUUCUAAGUAAUUAUAUCGAAAAGAUAAGUGGAUUGUUCUGCGAAAAAAAAAAGGAAAAAGGAAAAACAAAACAUAACGUUACGAAACUUUUUUCGUUCAUUCGUUUGUUUGUUAACAUUUAAAAGGGAGAAAUUUUGAACAAUAUACAUCAAAUCGCUAAUUACUUUAUCGUCUUUUUUUGAGGAAGAGAUUAUUUCUUUUUUUUUCAUCUUCAUUAGCGAAGAUUACGCCGCUUGUAAAAGAACGUCCAGUAAAUUGGGUGCAAAUUUAUGAUACUCUGACAACAAAAAAUACGAUAUUUUUCCACCGAUAAAUCGUAAGGUCUGUAGGAUUAAUAUUGUACAAGUAGAUAGGAACGCGGAUGUCCACGAUAAAUCGGUGUGAUUAUAGCGUGGAAGUUAGAUCGUCCUUUUAUCGUACGAUUGUCGCGAAUGUAAAUGAAAAAAAAAUUAAAUAUGUAGUAUUUCGAAAUACGUACGUAGAGUAAACGCUCCGAUCCAUUUGUGAAAUGAGAUAUAUUUCCUUUUAAUUUGUUUAUUUCCUUCGAUUUCUUUUUUUAUAUUUAUUUUUUUUCUAUUAAUUGUGGUUGAUAGUAUCGAUUGUUAUUAUUAUUUACAGAAUGCACAUUAUACUACCUAUACCAUAUGAUUCGUACUUAAUUCGAAAUAAGAGAAGUACAUACACGUAUACACAUGAUCUUUUUAUUUUCUUGUUUUUAUCUUGUGAUAACCUUAUUAAUACUUAUAUAUACAACAAUAAUGAUAUUUUUGUUGCUUUUUUGUGGAUAUAAACGAACUCAUUUCAUUACUUUUUUUCGUUAAAAAGUGAUUGGAGCUGAGAGUUUUCUGUACUUUUAUAGACAACCAGGUUCGUAUCCAUACUUAUUGAAUUAAAUGGGUGAUCCUCACCUCUCGUACAUAUAUAUAUAUAUAUAUAUAUAUAUAUAUAUAUAUAUAUAUAUAACAAUUUUUAGUAAAGUAAUAAUACGCGGAAAAAAAUCGUAAUUAAGGUAGUAAUUAUUAAUUAAUAAUACCAAUAUGUAAGGAAUGGGUAAGAACCUGAAGAAGAUAACAUCAACAAUAAUAAGAAAAACAAAAAUAAAAUAGUAUUACGUUGAUUUUGUUCUGUCGGACGUCGAAAAACCUAUAUCAGUAUUAUUCGAUCGUAGAGAAGGAUUCAUGAGUUAGAGAUCGAAUUCUGAAUCCUUGUGAGAGACACCUCUUGUCUUUCAUAGAAUUACUUAAUUCGUUAGAAUAAUACAAUUAGCACGCGUAGUACGGCGAUCGUGUUGGCAAAAAUACAUAAUAUGUUUUCGCUUUAAAUCAAAAUAACGAAACGAUACUGCCUUUUCUGUGAAAAAAAAAAAAAGAAAAAAAGAAAAGAAAAAUUCAAAACAGAAAAGUUUUUCUUUUUCUUUUUGUAUGUACGAUAUUGUAUGUACGAAUAUGGAGUGGCCGAGAACAGUAAGCAAUCUUAACAUUGUCCUAACGUAGAUAUACAUAUACAUAUACAUACAUAUAUGGUAGUAUAUCUAAAUUCAUUUAUUCUAUAUCUAUUUCCCCGAAACGACGAAAUAUAUAUAUAUAAAACAGCAGAAAGAAAAAGAAAGCCAAAAAGAAAUGUUUUUUUAUAUUUAGAAUCAUACGUACAUAAAUAUAUAUGUACGUGUAAUAUCGACUGAGACUGCGUCCUCCCCUAUUUCUCGACUAUCAAAUUCUAAUGAAAAAAGAAAUAUUCCCGUCUUUUAUAAAAAAAAAAAAAAAAAGAAGAAAAACUUUCUAUACAAGCUUAAAAUGAAUUAC